AACGCGUUUAGCUUGAUCAUUCACAAAUUGUCUGUAAAUAACGAUGGUGUCUAAAUCGGUGAUUUGUUUAUUGUGUUUUACAAUAUCAUGGACAGAAUCAGCUCGAAUAUUAGCGAUGUUUCCGACUCCAUCAAUCAGUCAUCAAGUGGUAUUUCGUCCUCUGACACAAGAGUUGGCGAGACGUGGACACGAAGUCAUAGUUAUCACACCAGACCCAACAUUUCCCAAAGGACAAACACCUCAGAAUUUUACUGAAAUCGAUUUACAUGAUAUCUCAUAUUCAAAAUUCAAGAAACUAAUGGGAAGACUUAAAGACGUUACCAGAGAUGUCAUAGAACAAGUAAAAGUGAUCAUAGAAUCAAACAACGCCAUUUUUGAAGAGCAAAUGAGAACAGAAAGUGUUCAAGAAAUAUUAAAAUACAAAGAAGAUUACUUUGACUUGAUACUUGUAGAAGCAUGUGUGAGACCAACUAUUGGAUUGUCAUAUGUUUUCAAAGCUCCAGUUAUUCAAGUAAGUUCUUUCGGUGCAGUGAUGGACAAUCAUGAUAUAAUGGGAUCUCCAACACAUCCAAUUUUAUAUCCGAGUAUGGUUAGAGAUAGAUUAUACAAUCUAACGUUAUGGGACAAAUUGACGCAGUUAAGAAAAGAAUUCGUGUCAGCAAUGUAUACGAUUAAUCGAGAAGUAGAUAAUGAAGUACUGAAGAGAGUAUUCGGAAAGAAUAUCCCACCUAUUGACAAAUUGUAUGAUAACGUUGCAAUGUUAUUUCUGAACUUUCAUCCUAUUUGGGACAGCAACCGUCCCGUGCCUCCAGGUGUUAUUUAUAUGGGAGGAUUGCACCAGAAUCCACAAAAAGAAUUACCCAAGGAUCUGAAGUCAUAUCUAGACACUUCAAAGAACGGAGUUCUUUACUUUAGUUUGGGCACAAACGUGGGACCUUCAGAUAUACCAUCAGAGAAAUUGAAAGUCAUUAUAAAAGUGUUCUCACAGCUGCCAUACGAUGUACUGUGGAAAUGGGACAACGAUGAGCUGCCUGGUAGAUCAAGUAACAUUAAAAUAUCAAAAUGGCUUCCACAAUCUGAUUUAUUGAGACAUCCAAACAUUAAAUUAUUUAUAACACAAGGAGGUCUACAAUCAACAGACGAGGCGAUCACAGCUGGUGUGCCAGUUAUUGGCAUACCAAUGUUGGGCGAUCAGUGGUUCAAUGCUGAAAAAUACGUUCACUUUAAAAUAGGACUUAAACUGGACAUUAAUACUUUAACAGAAGAACAAUUGCAUGACGCUAUAAAAUCUGUUCUUAAAGACAAUAGCUAUCGUAAGAACAUAGUUCGACUGCGCAGUAUAAUGAGUGACCAGCCACAAAGUCCGCUAGAGCGCGCCGUGUGGUGGACAGAGCACGUGUUACGUCACGGCGGCGCGCGUCACUUGAGGAGUCCGGCCGCUAACAUCUCAAUAACUCAAUAUUUAGAAUUAGAACUUGUAUUCGUUGUUUUUAGUGUAUUUUUACUCUCUGCUUUUGUCCUCGUUGUAGUUACUAAGACGAUUUGGAAUAUUUUAAAUGUAAAAUUACCAACUGUAAUUAAAAUCAAAAAGUUUUAAAGACUGAUUAUUCUAUCAUUACAUUAGCUAAAU